UUGAAAUCUGAGUUUAUUUGUUUUACACAUAUUUAUUAUAUUUCAAUAUAUGAAUGAGAAUUUUGAAAAAGAUGCAAUUUUUUUGUAAAAUAUAACGUAUUAAAUGAAACAGUAAUGAUUACUAUUUUUUGUGAGUUAUUUUAUUGGACACUAAAAAAUGAUAUACUUAUUGAUACAACAGAUUUCAGUAGUUUUAAAUAUAACGAAAAAAAAGAAACAGAAUUAUCAACAAAUAAAAUUAUAAAAAAAAAUUAUGUUGAAGCUCGUGGGUAUAGUUGGUCAUUAUCUAAUAAGAGACCAAAAAAACUUAAAGAUUGUCUUAAAAAUUUUGAGGCUGAUAUAAAUGAUAAUCACUUAAUAGCUGUAGAAUGGCUGAAAAAAGAUAAAAUUGCUUUUAUUUUUAGCAAUGGAAUUACAACAUUUAUUACAUUUGAUACUGUAACUUGCGAUAUACUUGAAAUAGUUACAGACAAAUUUCUUCAGUCCAAAUUUCAAUGUGAAACAUUUAUUAAUAUUUCUUAUUUGAAACAAGUUUUAUUGUGCUCAAUUUCUGAAAAUAAAUUGGGCAUUGUACAUUUUGGUCGUCAAUUUGAUAGCUCUUUAAACAAAUGGUCCCUUCUUGAACCAAAAUUGGGAUUAUGUGAUCUAAUUGCUAAUCGUAAAAAUGAUCGCAAAAUUAGUUUUAAUUCAUCUGCUACAAUGGUAGCAAUUUGGAGUAAAUCAUCUGCUAAUGAAGUUUUCCCUUGGAGUCCUGUUAUUAAAAAUGAAGAAAGAGCUAAUAUACAUAUCUACAAAAUUAUUGGAACCCGUUUAGAGCUCUGUUGUUUUUUUCAUACAAAACAUGAUCCAUUUGUAGUAUCUUUUAGUAAAGUGGUAUCUAAUAUUUUAUUUAUCUUGGAAAAAAAAGACUAUAAUGAUUCUCAAAUUAUUUUUAGCUCUUAUGAAGUAACCAAUACCAGAUUGCAUUUAGUUACUUUACUAACAGUAAGUCCAUUUGACUGGUGUACUACUUCUGUUACAAAUGCUUGGUUGAAUGAAGAUGAUACACGGUUAUGUUUUUCAUAUGAAGAUUCUGUUUUAUUCCUUUAUGACUUGAAGCUUUCCAUCACUUGUUCUGUUAAGACUGCUUUUCCUGUAGAGUUUUUGGAAUGGCAUCCAGAUGGUAAUAUAGUUGCCAUUUCAGAUAAAAAUGGCCAGAUUCAAUUUUUUGAUUCUUGUUUAUCGCAAAUUAGUGUUCAACCUUUGACUGAAUCAGUUAAGUUGCCCAAUUUUUUAGACCUACAAUCUAAAGUUGGCAAUAAAAAAGUUAUUCAAUUAAAGUGGUUAAAUAUUGAAAAUUCCAAGUUCUUUGCUUAUCCACCUGAUGCAGUACUACAACUUAUCUUUGAAAAGGGUCCAGUUGUCUCUAUUAAACUACUUGGUGUUGGGAAGUUAACAGCAGAUCUGAUUACAUCUAUGUAUUUGACUGAAAAUAAUGUAGACUGUGCUCUUAACUUUCUAUUAGCACUUGAUUGGCAUAACAAUGGAUCUAUGUGUUUAACUUGUUUACAAAAAAUAACUAAUUAUUUAUUUCGGUUGCCUUUUACACCUGUUAGAGAAUUACAAUUGCAAUCUGCCAUUGGGAGUUUUUUUCAGCCAGUUAUUCCAUUAAGUGAAAAUGUAAAUAAUGAAUUUUAUGAACCUGUUAAACAUAUUGCUAGACGAUUUUUUCAUCAUUUAAUCAGGUAUGAGUUAUACGAAAAAGCAUAUAGUCUAGCCAUAGAUUUAAAUGACAAAGAUUUAUUUAUGGAUUUAUAUUCAGCCACAAAAUUGGGAAUAGGUACAAAAGCUAUGGCUACAAUGGCUUUAGAAAAAGCUAAUCAGUUUGUAUCAUCCGAUUCAGAAACUUCUCAAUCAAGCCAAUCAUCUAAUUGUAACUGUACUAACUUUCAACCAAACUCAUCUGAUUUAUUAAAACCUCCUCUGCCAACAAUUCCAAUGGCACUCUCUCAAACCUCCAGUAUUCCACCUGUUUUAGACAAUCAAAUGUACAAUAAUAUUACAACAAUUAGUGUACGACACGUUUCCAACCAUGAUGAGUAUUUGAUGCCAACUAAUAGUAAUUUACCUACUACUACUAUAGAGAGUAAAUCACAGUUAAAAUAUUCUCUUGGACAGCAAUUACUUUCACAAAAUAUGAAUUUAGGUGUAAAAAAUAAGCCAACUCAAACAUCUAAAAAACCUCCACCAGAUAAAACUAUUAAAGUUGUUCACUUUGGCAUUGUUUAAUAUUUGAAGACUUAAAGUGAAUAGGGUAAUAAAUAUUUUUUCUGAACGAAAAAGAAUUAUUAAAAAGGAUAACUUCUUUAAGAUUUUUAAUGUAAACAUUUUCCUUUCUAAAGUGUACAAUUAUAUUUUUAAUCUUGAGUGUCAAAAUAAAGUAAUUUUUUGAUGCAGAGAGUUACCCAUCCCAAAAAAAAUAAUAAUACAAUUUUAGAUAAUUUUGAACCUCUGUAUUUUCAGACCUAAGGUAUCCAUUCAAGUUUUCCACUAAAACAUAAUGGAUUAUGAGUACAAAAAAAUUGUCAUAGGAAACAAUAAAUUUAAGUAUCCCCAGUGGCACAAUUCCUAAAUGCAGCCUUGAUAAAAGAGUAUUGUGUUGAAUAUAAAUCAAUAAUAAUAUAAAGAAUGGGGGGCAGUUCUUUUAGUAUCACGAGUCUAUAUUCUUGGUUUAUUAAAUAAUAAAGGGACAUAGAAUCAAUGCCUCCCAAAAUGAGCCAUUUACUAUUAUUUAAUAAGUAAAUGAUUAAAAAAAAGUUCUCUUUUAAAAUAAUAUAGUUUUCACAUCUUUAAAAAGAUAUAGUUAUAUACCCCUGUUAAAAUUAAUUUCUUUUGAAUACAAGCCUGACCUCACUCAAUAUUGUCUGAAAAUUUUAUAUUUGAAUGAUUAAAAAUGAGAAUGUAGAGCUAAAUUAUGAUAUAACUCAUGUAAGAUAUAAACUAAUGCUAACAAAAUUGAUUUAGCCAAAGUAUAAAAAAUUGGACUAAAUUUUCAUAAUUUAAAUUUGAUGUUAUUAUAAAAAAAACUUUUUAUUAAAAAGUUACUGUAAUAAAAUUGUUUGAAUUGCAAUUCUAUAAUAUAAAAUUAUUUAUAUCUUGCCAAAGUAAAUUGUGAAUGCCAUAUAUAUUUAUAGAUUAUU